UUGUUUCAGAAAAUCUUCACCCAGUCUACAAAAGAUUCAGGGUGGUAUUUUGGCGAACCGAUAUGGAGCACUGUUCGCAAGCAAAACUUGAAAUCUGCCGUAUUUUUUUGGCCUGGAAGCGAAGCUCCAGAACACUUACCUAGUUACUAUGAAAAAUACGACAAAAAUGUACCAUUUGUUCAACGAGCUGAUCAGGUCGUUGAAUGGUUGAAACUGCCUGACGGAGAACGACCAACAUUGGUGCACAUGUACAUGGAAGAACCAGAUAGCAGUGGACAUGUAACCGGUCCUAACACACAUCGAAAAAUUACAGCAUCUGUUGAUACGGCUAUGGCAACAAUGAAGUGUAAGAAUGGUACUGACUAUUUGAUACAUAAAAGAAAGGAAUAUGCUUUGCCGGUGAGGUAUCAUUACGGCGGUUCAGCACGCGUUGGUGACGCUGUAGUUGAGGGAAGGGCUACAGUUUUUAUUAUGAAAGAUGAGGCGGAGAAUACAAAAAGGUCAACUAAUUUUGGUAACCACGGUUAUGAUAAUCGUCUUGUAUCAAUGCGAGCGAUAUUUGGU